AUGAAUCGGGGGGCCGGGCCUGCGGGACGGCGCCGGGACCCGCUGCCCGGGGGUGGGCGGGCGGAGGGAGCCGCGGAGCUGGCUGGCCGGCUCCCUGCGGGCCGCGGCCUUGUCAGCGGCGGCUCUGAUGCCCUUCUGAGCCUCGCCUUGGCCACCGCAGCCCUCCCUUCCACAGAAGCUUUGGAAUUCAUGAAACGGGACCUGGCGGAGUUCACUCAAGUAGUGCAGCAUGACACAGCCUGCACUAUCGCUGCUACGGCCAGCGUGGUCAAGGACAAGCUGGCAAGGGCAGAAGGUUCCUCAGGUGCGACUGAAAAGGUGAGGAAAGGGCUCUCUGACUUCCUGGGUGUCAUCUCAGACACAUUUGCUCCCUCGCCGGAUAAGACCAUUGACUGCGAUGUCAUAACACUGAUGGCAACUCCCUCAGGUACCACGGAGCCCUAUGACAGCGCCAAGGCUCGCCUCUACAGCCUCCAGUCGGACCCAGCCACCUACUGCAACGAACCCGAUGGCCCUGCUGAGCUCCUCAAGGCCUGGCUCUCUCAGUUUAACCUAGAGGAGAAGAAAGGGGAGAUCGCAGAGCUGCUGGCAACCAGCCCUUCCAUCCGGGCUCUCUACUCCAAAAUGGUGCCGGUGGCCGUUUCCCAUUCUGAAUUCUGGCAGCGCUACUUCUAUAAAGUGCAUCGCCUGGAGCAGGAUGAAGCCCGGAGGGAGGCUCUGAAGCAGCGAGCGGAGCAGAGCAUUCACCAAGAGGAGCCGGGCUGGGAGGAGGAUGAAGAGGAGUUCUUGGGGAUGUCACCCCUGCCUUGUGCAAACGUGAAAUUUCCAGAAGCAGCAGAGAAAGAAUCUGCCCCUGCAGCCCUGGAGGGAAGCCACCCCACUGCUCACAAGGGACCCUCAGAGGAAAGCUGGGCCGUCCUCCCUCCGGAGCCGGCCCCAGCAGAGGGGAGCCCCUCUGAGAGCAGUGAGAGCGUCUCCCUUGUGACUCAGAUUGCAAACCCUGCCUCUGUGCCUGCUGCGCAGCUACAGACUGGAGCGCAACCAGCUGGGACCGGAGAUCUCUCUCAGAGGCUGCUGGAGGCCACCUCAGAAGAGCAGAGCUCCCUGCCAAAGCCCCCAGAACCUGGCCAUCGUUCUGCACCUGCCCGGGAGUCAGCAGCAUCCUCAGAGCAACCGGCUGUUACAGAGCAAAAAGAGGUGGAGAGCAAAGCCCAGGGCAGGACAGAGACUCUGAAAGAGGAAGGACCAACAGAUCUACGAGUCUUUGAGCUGAACUCGGAUAGUGGGAAAUCCACUCCCUCCAACAACGGCAAGAAAGGCUCCAGCACCGAUAUCAGUGAGGACUGGGAAAAGGAUUUUGAUUUGGACAUGACCGAAGAGGAGGUGCAGCUGGCGCUCUCGAAGGUGGAAGUGUCUGGGGAGCUGGAAGAUGAAGAGUGGGAAGACUGGGAAUAAAGCGACUGCUUCCAGUGUGUGUCACAGGCUCAUUUCCACCAUCGAAUGUGAAUUAAAUCACGGACUGGCU